CCCGCCCCGGCACGGUACGGUACGGUACGGGCACGGCUCAGGUACGGCCCCGGUACAGUGCGGUGCUGCACGGUGCGGCUGCCGAGGAGCCGGGGAACGCGGACGGGACGGUUCGGGACGGGACGGACGUCGGGGCCCCGCCCGCUCCCGAUCAUGUCCCAGCAGCAUGUACCCAAGAUGCUGAUGUGAUGCUCAUCACUGCUGGCCAGAGCAGGAGCCGUGCUCAUCGGCAGGGCUAUGGGGAAACUGCAGAGCAAAUUCAGCGUCCACACCACCAAAUACAGGGCCGAUGGCUCCAUGGGAGAGGUGGGACCCGCUCGAGCCGCUCCGCAGCACAGCCUUGCACACAGCGAUGCUGUCACUGCAGUGGCUGCUCUCAAACCAGACCUGUGUGUGUCCGGAGCAAGGGACAAGAGCCUGGCUGUCUGCAGCUGGAGGUCCGGGGCUGUGCUGCAGCGGUUCACAGGCCACCAGCGGGAGGUCACCAAGGUCACCUCAGCCCCUGAUUCCAGCAGAGUCUUCAGCGCAUCCCGGGACAAGACAGCGAUGAUGUGGGAGCUCCAGGGGACACCAGGACCAAGGCAGCACUUUGCAGCACAUGACCUGGUUGUGACAGGCCUGGCUGUGAGCCCGGAUGCCUCCCAGCUGUGCACGGGCUCACGGGACAACACCGUGUGCAAGUGGGACACAGAGACCGGGCGGUGUCUGCGCAGAGCCAUCACCCGCAGGAACCUGGUCACACAUCUGUGCUGGGUGCCUGGGGAGCCUUAUGUCAUCCAGAGCUCAGAGGAUAAAACAGUCAGGCUCUGGGACCUGCGGCAGCUGGAGGUGGCUCACGGCUUCCCCGCCAAGCAGCACAUCCAGACCUGCUGCGACGUGAGCCCCGACGGGCGGCUCUGCCUGAGCACCAGCAGCGGCACCGCGGGCGAGGGCUGCGAGGCCACGUCCUGCAGGUUCCCAGCGCUGUGUGUGAGCAUCGGGAGGGUGAGACCUGUGGGUGUGACUCCCACUAUUUACAAUGAAGACAGCUCAGGGCCUUCUUGCCAGCUGUGGGACCUGCGGCAGACGAGGAGCCACGUGUGUGAGUACAAAGGGCACUUCCAGACCACGACCUCGGGGGUUUUCCUCCCGUGGGGGACCACGCUCGCCCCCAGCAUCGCCACAGCCUCACUUGACAGCACCGUGAAGGUCUGGGACCGAGACACUACAGCCUGCCUGGCCACACUGUACCUGGAUGGGGCAGGAGCAUUGUCCUCGCUGGCUGCCUGCGACAGCUCCACGCUGCUCUGUGCCACUUCCAGCUCGGGGAUCCACGUCCUCCGGCUGCGUGCGAGUGCGGAGCCGGUGCUGGAGGAGGUGGGAGUGUUCUGACCGCAGCAGAGGGCAGGUGGCUCCACAAGCACCGCUUUGUGCCUGCAGAGCUGUGAUGUGGGCUCAGCAGUGACAGCACCCACUGCUUUCAGCCUGUGAGUGGGGAAGGCACUGGAGCUGCCUGGAACAGCCACAGCAUGGAUGCAUCCAGGCCACGGUCUUGUUCCUGAGUGAGCCUCGUGUGUUACUGACAAACCUCCCCACAGGCAGCUCCCCCAGGGAGCAGCACCGGGGGGUGCCAGGUCAGCCUGAGCUCAGCUGCAAUUGGAAGGGGGUAAGUCACCACGAGAGGUGGCUGCCUGUACAACCUGUAUGACUGUGCCCAGUGCCACUCUGUGAGCAGCUCAGCUCCACCGACCUGCUGGCUGUGGUCCUGUUGAUGCAGAACAAGGUUGGUGUUCUGACCUCUCAUCCCAGGGUAUUUUCUCUGGGAGCAAAUAAGAGCUGGCACAGAGCACAUGGGAGCUGCCACCCCACUACUCAGAAGGGAGGAGAAAGCCCACAAAGUGCUUUUCAGAAGAACAGUAACUCGUGAAUAGGUUUUCUUAAAACACCAUCUCCACUGCAGGUGCUGAGAGCAGAACUAUGUUCAUGCUGCCAAUGAACACCGAGCUGCUCCAGCUGACAGCAAGGACAUGAACCACUCUCCUCUUUCCCCCCGAGGGGUUUUUAUGGUGGCAGACAGAAAGCAAACUGUGCUGGGAAGUUCCUGUAAUUUCUCCAUUCCUCACUGGGCCCCACAGGCACAUUCAAAACAUGCUUUGAUUUUCCAGAACACAACAUUUGCAAAGCCUCAAUCUAAAGAAUAAACAUCAAGUAAGAAAGCUC